ACGUGCCCCGAGCCCUAUUUCGUCAGCGAGGGCUUGUACGCCAUGUUGGAGGAGUUGGAGAACACGCGUGAGGUUACUCUACACGUGAUGACCAUCGGCAACUUCAUCAACGAUCCGGCUAAGACGGACGAUUUCACUGCCAUCAGUUCAGCCCUACGACAGUAUCUUCCUGAGCGAAACACUCCUUACAUUUUGGACGUUGAUCUCGACUUCUUCAGCACCAAGAAUCCUUUCAAAACAUUGCACGACCGCAUCAAUCUCUACGACAAACUUGCAACCCUCUACGCUUUUUCACGACCUGAUUCAUCUGAUCCUGAGAUCCUGAAAGAAGCAACAGCUAUAAGAAACGAACAGCUCAACGAGUUGGAGAACCUUUUUAACUAUUUGGACGAACAUCGAAGCUUUCAGGGUUAUGAAGGCGAGAAGACAGCACGAUACGAGGCAGUGGAGCUGAUUUAUCGUGAACUGACCAGCGUUUACAAGCAAUCGGAUAUCGAUUGGAAGAUCGUGCACGAUGCAGGGUGCACCAGAGAUGACACCGACUUACCUCAUCAUGUUACCAAGCCACAGGAUCUUGAUCGGUUGAUCACUGGAACAUUCAGAUCGUUCCUGGCUGCGUUACCUGCUCCUCCUACUAUUGUGACGAUUGCACGGUCCAGCGAAGAUGAGUACUGUCCCAUGGAGGACGUUGAUCAAAUACAACUAGGAGUGCUCGACGAACUUCGUCAACGUCUGGAAAACGUCGACAUCCAAUUGGCGUACCAGGAAGAGGAAACGCAUUAAUCGAAAAAUAAAUAUCCCUACAAUGUACGAAAACUCAUUUUAAUACAAUAAAGGUUUC